AGUGACCCAGUGCCAGUGGUGAUUCGAGGCGAAACCACCACAAUUUCACGGUACAACGAUUACUCGUUUCUCUUUUAUGGUUCUCCUCCUAGCUACAAAUUACUCUGGUUGCCCAUCGACGUGACUGAAUGGCAUCUCCGACGCCUGCACCUGACCGCACACCGCACUGCGCCACCUAGCCUCAAGCCCCCAACAGCCCAGUCGUGUCAACUUGCUGGCUUGUACCCAGUAUAAUGGGCCCUCUGAGGACUGCGCAGGCGAGGACACGUUCGCGCCGAGACACGACAAAGUCAGCCGGUGUUUUUGACCAACUGGACGACGACGAUCUCGCCGACUUCCAGGACCUCGAGCCCCCUUCGAAGCGGAUACGAACCUCGCGCAAAGCCCAAGCGCCGUCCAAGUGGAUUCCUGGCGGUCCUGGAGGAGGAGGAAGACACAUCGAUAACGGAAGUACCCGAUCAGCUACGCGGACACCGCGUGCAAAUGACGAAUAUGUACUCCCUCAAACGCGCCCCCGCUCAAGUCGAGAGCGACGAAGGACAAUGACCGCGACGCCUCGGUAUUCGGCCAGAAGUAGGAAUCGAGGCUCCACUCGUCCUCGCUACAGCACUGCUGCCGCCGCUUCUGCGGCUGUGGCGCAUGGCGACGGGUAUAAGCCUCGAGAGGAGCGAGGCUGGGAAGAGUUUCACCCGGAUCUUGACCUUGGGGCCGACUUUGCAGUUAUCCCGUCUGAGGAGGUUGAUGGGCUUCUGAAAAAGCCCACGAUAGAUGGCAUUUCUCAAGAUGGUGGCAUGGUCGGGGAGGGCGUUCACACUACCUCAGGAAGCGCGACUCCUCCGAAGCGAAGACCUGGAAGACCUCACCGUACACAGAAUUCUAUGGUCAGCGCUCUUCUCACACCCGAGGCACCCAGAUUAGUUCCAGUUCCAGGACCAAACCCAAGGGAGCGGUUGACCUUGCCAAAACCAUCUUACCGAGUACUGGAUCCCUUUGUGUCUUACGAGCAAAAGGGGAUUGCCCAAGUGGACUUCGUGGACAAGUCCAUGGCAAAUGUGGGAUAUCAAGAGAGUGAAAUCUUUCUGCGGCCUGCUCGAACUUACAUCAGGCAAACAGAAGGCUCGGCCGAGGAAGACCUGGAUCUGAGCCCGGACCUUGUCACGACCGGGGAGAAUUCGGCCAUCGGCAGUACUGGUGUCGGACGCGUGGAGUAUGACAUGGAUGAGCAAGAUGUCAAGUGGCUGGAGGCUUUCAACAAAGGCCGCAGUAAAGAUGGGGCACAGACAAUAAAGCCUGCCAUCUUCGAAAUAACAAUGACCAAGAUUGAAAAGGAAUGGCAUGCCCUAGAGAAGAGGAUCCCAAAGCCGAAUCCAAAGGCUCCGCAGACACAGCGGCCGCGGUCUAGCUCUGCAGCUGCGGUGAAUGGUGAACCUGCAGGGGAAGAGCCAGACAGCAAAUGUGCAAUAUGCGACGACGGCGACUGCGAGAAUGCGAAUGCGAUUGUCUUCUGCGAUGGAUGUGAUCUAGCGGUACAUCAAGAAUGUUACGGCGUGCCAUAUAUCCCGGAAGGUCAAUGGUUAUGUCGGAAGUGCCAGUUGGUUGGAAAUUCUAGGCCAAGCUGCAUUUUCUGUCCAAAUGAAGGAGGCGCGUUCAAGCAGACCAAUAAUUCCAAAUGGGCGCACCUCUUUUGCGCAACCUGGAUCCCAGAGGUCAGCAUCGGCAACCCUUCGCUGAUGGAGCCCAUCACCGACGUCGAAAAGGUUCCUCCCGGGCGUUGGAAGCUUGUAUGUUAUAUCUGCAAGCAAGAAAUGGGUGCAUGCAUUCAGUGCAGUGAUGGUCGUUGCUAUGAGGCUUUUCACUUGACCUGUGCGCGCCAGGCUGGUCUUUACUUGCGCAUGAAAACCGGAGGUGGCCAGAACUCCCUCAUGGAUAAAUCCCAGCUUCGGGCAUACUGCCACAAACAUACGCCUGCAGAUUGGAAGCACGAGCAUAACACUGACAGGGCAUACGAGGAAGCGACAAAAUACUUCAAGGAGCACUUUCGGGGACAAAUCUGGGCCGACAGCCGCGCUUCAGCUCUGGCCAUCAACGACACGCACGAUGCACCUAACUCUGAAAAGGGUCAACUCAAGGUGACACUCACGAACAAGAAGGGACAGAAACAGAAAACAAUCUGGAGACUACCAUCAGGUGCCCCUGUCAUCCCCGAGGUGAUACUCAAAUCAAUCGAAGACUCUUUGGUUCGAUUCACGGUACAAAAGAAGAAAGAGUUUGUCUCCGAAAUUUGCAAAUAUUGGACCCUUAAGCGUGAGGCACGCAGAGGGGCCGCUCUGUUGAAGCGGCUGCAAUUGCAAAUGGACACUUUCAGCUCCUUUGAGGUCACUCGUCGCGACUACAAGGCCCAGGGUGCAGCUGGACGUGCACGUCUAGAUCGCCGGAUCGAGUUCGCCGAAAUUUUGGCCGAGGACAUGAGCCGAAUUGUGCAACUCUGUGAAUUGGUCAAGCAGCGUGAGGCUUUAAAGCUACAGGAGGCCCUCCUGUUGAAGGACAUCGUUGACACCGUUUACCUGCCCAUCCCACACCUAUUGGAGCCGAUCGUGGACAAAGCACUCAAGCUUGAUCGAGGUUUGUUUCGAAAUGAGCUUGUUGAGCUCCGUGCCAAAGUCAUGAGGAAAGAGCAUACUUCCGUGGCGAGCUUUGCGCAUGACGUUGUUAAAGUGAUAACCUCACACUUUGGCAAUGACGCGUCAUCUCUACCAGAGUUGAUCGCGCUCGUUAGCGGUAGGGCGGAGGACAUGAGCUCGGAGGAUCGCGACCGUCGGACACUCGCGCGACGCAUCGUCAAGGCUAUCGAGCCACUUAUCGAAGAUGCUACCCGUAAAGAAGCUGAGUUGAAUGGCCGACCAUACGCGCAACAGAUCCGUGAGCUUGACCAGGCUCUUUUGUCACGGCAUGACUCUCUCAUGGACUCUACGGAACUGCCGGUUUUUGACCCUGUAGAACAGAAACACGAAACAGGCAUGGCCAGUCCAGAGGAUGGCGACGACGUCGAGAUGGUUGACGUUCCAGACACAGUUGAGCAGGUGCAAGAGGAUGGUAUCGAAACCGAAAUAGCCGUCAAAGACAUCAUGGAGAAGGCAGAUUUCUCGAAGCAAGACGGUAUUCGAGUCAAAGCCGCCGAAGUCUUUGCCGAAACACCGCCUGCAUCCACCAAUGGCUUCAAGCCUGACAAUCACAUGGAUGGCGACGCUACGACAGGUCAAACGGGGAGCUUCGAACCCCCGACACCCCCUAUAAGUCUCCAGGAUCACUCACAUGUAUCUCCUCCGCAGGGAGGGAUCCCCUGGUAUGCUGCGCCUUUUGACCCUGACGGCACCACCAUUUUCGAAGAGCGAUGGACUGGCCCAGAAGUCUUGCGAGAGAUGAGCGAGGAACUUAGUGAGAUGGACGAGGAAGAACUCCAAGGACUGGGCGCAGGUGACGAGGUUGAUGUCGAGGAUGCCGUUGCUCCUGCGCUGGAGUCAGACACGCUGUCUACGGACGCCGCUGCCGCAAAAAAGGCAUCUCGGAGGGGAAGUAAACGUGGCAGGGCCUCUGAAUGGGGUACAAGGUCAUUUCGGCUUCGAAGAUGAGAAGAUUCCGUACUUCAAGUACUAUUUAGGCAGGGAGCGGGCAGUAUUUCAGCCCGGACUCAUGUUUUAGGGACCGAUAGUCAAAUGUGGAGAUUGGCAAUGAGACUGCUUGCUGAAGGUGAAAAAUGUUGUGGUAAUCGGAUUGGGCUAUAGACUCUCCUCGCCCUCGUGGCUAAACGCUGAAUCUUCCCUGCCUCUCUGCCCUUUGC